GAUUUAAUGCAUUCCUAUUAAAAUUAUAAAAGUUACACAAAAAGCUCAAAUUUUCUUUCCGCCUUUUGAAAUGAAUUGUCGUUCAAAUAAACAAUCUUUCCAAAUAUGACACAGUCUACAUAAAAAUUUCAAGAUGGCGAUGGGAAGAAAAGGAAACGUGCGGCUUCCGCCAGAAGUCAACCGCAUUUUAUACAUCAGAAAUUUACCAUACAAAAUCACUGCAGAAGAAAUGUAUGAUAUAUUUGGCAAGUAUGGUGCAAUUAGACAGAUAAGAGUAGGAAAUACACCAGAUACAAAAGGAACAGCUUUUGUGGUGUAUGAAGACAUCUUUGAUGCUAAAAAUGCCUGUGAUCAUUUGUCAGGGUUUAAUGUAUGUAACAGAUAUCUUGUUGUCCUCUACUAUCAGUCAAAUAAGGCAUUCAAGAAAAUAGAUGCAGAUAAAAAGAAAGAAGAACUUGACAAAAUGAAACAGAAAUAUGGAUUAAGUACACCAGAUAUACACGCAAGCAAGCCAAAAUCUUAGUAACAGUAUGACAUUUGACAUUAUUGGACUAAAGUGAUCUUGGCUGUUUGUAUUGUAUGUUGUGAUCAGCUAAUUAUGAAUGGUUUGUCAACUAAUUCUAGUGUGUGAAAAUUGUAGAUUUGUGUAAGAGAAUUCCCAUAACUUUGAAUGUUAGUACUACAUACAGGAUUUGCCACCAAACAGGAUAUUAAAAUAAACUUAAUUUUGUAAAAAAACAAAAACAUUCAAACUCUUCAGGGACAAACGCGUACAUACAUACAAAAGUUAAUAGCUCUAAUUUAAUAAUUAAAUAUUGUAGUAAGGCACAGUGUAAUAAAUGAAGAAAAGUGUCUACAAGUAACUUAGAUAUUGUCAGUUUCUUUUUUCUUCUAAAGUGUAUGUUAUAAUGUAACAUUCCACAUAUUAUGUAUGGCACAAGAACAUAAAGUUUGGAAAUAGACUCGUAUUUAUACGAAAAUUGUAUUUUAAAAAAAAAGAGAUCUGUAAGAAUCGCCCCAUUUUUAAUAAUUUUUUACACAUGAUUUUAGCAUUUGUACAAGAUGUUUAAAAUUGGUAAAUAUAUUCACAUUAUUUGUAUCGAAUAUGUUGUUGAGAGAAUAUUUUAUUUGUUUUGAAUCUUUAUGUACUUAUAUACAUUGCAUUGGUUUGAAAUAAUCAUUUGUUGAUCCAGUGGAGAACGGGACAGGGUUUAGUGGUCACCACUUGGAUAUGGCUAGUAAGAGGAACCCUCUUAUAUUUGAAUAUAAACUGAAAAUCUCUCAAAAAUUUGUGAAAUUCAGCAAAAUUUUGAUUCAUGACACCCCAACCUCCCCCUCUGGGUCAACCUCACUUUGGAAUAUACCUUACCCUUAAGAAAUUUUGCACUCUGAUAAAUCCAGGGCUGAUAUUUUUUCUCUGAAGAUAGUACAAUGUGUAGCCAAAGUGAAUUAUAAUACAUGUAUAAUUAAUUAAUUAUAUUCACUCAUGUGAGACACAUAUUUUUGUUUGAUUAAUGACAUCUCUUGGCAGUGAGAGGUCGCUGUUACAUUUGCUCAUUGUUUUGUAUAUUAUUUCACCUCCAUGAUCAUAGCGCAAAAAUACCAUGAAUAAAUGUCACUUAAAAAAUGA